AUGAAUUGUGCCCAUUUAGAGAAUUGUCUGCAUGAAGCAAGAGAGGAAGCCCAGACCCAUCUUUGUGCAGCUGAUCGAAGGGCCUCGGAGUAUAGUGCCUUGCGUGCCUCUGCUGUAAAAAUUCGCAGCCUUUUUGAAAGACUAAGGAGCUGUGUUUCUUCGGGUGGGGUGGCUGGCUUUGCUGAGGCUUUGCGUACUUUAGCUCAAUCUUUGGCCAAUUCCAUCAAUGAUAACGAAGACGAUGGUACUGCUGAGUUCUGUGAAUGUAUCCGGGUGCUUGCUGAUAAAGUUGGUGUCUUGUCGAGGCAGCGUGCAGAGCUGCUUGACAGGUACCCAAAAGUUGAAGCUGCCAAUGAGCAGAUUACGAAGGAGCUGGAAGAGAAGAAAGAGUUGGUCAAAUCUCUGUACAUAAAGCAUCAACUUGAGAAGCAGGCAAACAAGGAAAAGAUAUCUUUUGGCCGGUUGGAAGUCCAUGAGAUUGCUGCAUUUGUUCUCAACUGUGCUGGUCACUAUGAAGCGAUCAACAGGCAAUGCCCCAACUACUUCCUGUCUGCUGAAUCUGUGGCCUUGUUUGUUGACCAUCUUCCAAAUCGUCCUAGUUACAUUAUAGGACAGAUUGUGCAUAUUGAACGACAAAAUGUGAAACCUCCUCCCACCUCAGUUCGACCUGAGCAUAACAAGGGAGAUCGAGCCGAUUUGCUGACAUCUGACACAGGAACCAGUCGGUUGACCUUGAAAUCAGGAUCAACUUCAAACCCAUAUGGUCUCCCCAUUGGCUGUGAAUACUUCGUAGUGACAGUAGCCAUGUUACCCGAUACAACCAUUCAUUCUCUGCCUCCUUCCUGAUCUUACAAAAUGCAUCUAGACAUGAUGGAAGAAACUAAUUGUAGAUAUAUAAAUAUGUUGAGCAAAGAUAAAUCCUCUUGCUGGUGGGAGUUUAAGUUGAUUUUCCUUUUUGUAUAGCUGAUGAUACAUUCAGUUGACUCUUCCCUUUGUACAUAAAGUUCUCUCUUUUAAAAAUGGAAAAACUGUGAAUAUUCAUCCUGCAGUAGGAACUUAAUUUAGUGUUUAUUUGUCUUGUUAAGCUCCCAUUUACUAUGCUUUUGCUGGUUGCAGACCAAAAACCUUUUACUUUUGUGAUUUGCUAAUUAUUAUGUGGAUGAGCAA